AAUCUACUUUCUGUAUACCUAUUGAUACAUUUUAACUCCAAAGGAAAUUUAUACAGAAUUUUCAUUCUCUUUAAAAAAAUAUUGUAAAAGAAAACAUAAAUUAUGAUAAAGCAUUUUGAAAAUACAUUCAUUCGUGGUCCAUCGCCUUCGUAUUCUGAAGACUUAGCAUCGGAAAAUGCAAUUCCCGUCGGAGGAGAACAUCAAACGAGCUCGGAAAAUUUUCUCGACCAAAAAUUUUCCACAUACUCUGGAGUUCAAUUGCAGCCACAGCAAAUGAAAGGAAGGAAUACCUUUGCCUUUUGGACAAUUGUCACUUUGCUUCUCAUACUAACUGUUGGAAAUCUUAUUCUAACCCUCACAAUCAUAGGAGUCUUGCGUUUGGGCAAAGGAAUACAAGGCGUAGAAAUGAUACCCGAAGAAGGUGUUUUGAAGUUCUAUGGAUUGACCGAUUUGGAUAGAAUCUACAAUAAAUGUGGAGGCCAAAUAGAUGGAUUCACUGAUGUUCCAGUCACAAUAACAGGAGAUGAUGGAAGUGUAACAGUCAAAGUCAAUCGAAAUGGCCAAACGCACAGUAAAAUGAUUAUGGACAAGGAAGGAAUUCAAUUUAAGGGAGUCAACACAUUUGAAGUAAAGGAUCCCAAUAGUGGCGAUGCUAUAUUUACCACACACAGACCACAUUAUAAUAUCCCAAAUGGUGCCGAUAAUUUGCAAGUUAAGGCCACCAGUGUCAGCAGGAUAACGAGUCCAAUUGGUCGCCCCUUGAGCAUUCAAAGUGAUAGUAAAAUUUUUGUUAAAGGUUCCGAGGGAAUAAAUGUAGACGGAUUGAGUGCAUUGUUCAUGGCAGAGGGAAGCAUUUCUAUGAAUUCCACUCAGGGAGCAACUGUAAUGACAGCAGGAGAUGGUGUUUUCUUGGACAUGGAAAAAGUUCCAAUUGUUAAUACAGAAUUUGGGAUAAGGACUGGAAGUGUUCAGUACAAAAUAUGUGUUUGCAUGCCACAAGGUCUGCUCUUUCGAAUUGCCAUACCUAGGACCCAUAAUGGACCGAAAAUUUCGUGUGCUCAUUUUAGUUCUAAACAUGACCCAUGCGCUUAAAGUGGAUCAACUUAAGGAAAGACGAACGAUUAGAGUAAAAACAAUUAAAUGUUUUAAUUUAUUGAUAUAUCCAUAACGCACAUUUCAAGUAAAUAAAUCUUUAAUACAUUAACUUGUGGAGAUAUUUAUAUUAAGUAAAUAAAAUAAUAUAUUCAAUUAGUGUCUUGAUGACACUUUGUGUCACAUGAAUAGGAACAA